AUGGGUUUCACUCUCUUGAGAGCUCUUCGUGAUUUACCAGUAGUGGAAUCGUCUUCCAUCUUCAUCAACUUGACUCUUUUCUUAGUAUUCAUAUUCGCAAUCUCCGCAAGACGCUUACUUUCGUGUCUCCGUCGACGUCGCUUCUUCAAACACGAUGCCGUAGGAAACUCGAGCUCCGUCAAUGUUGGUGCUUCCGGAGAAACCCGUGAGGUUGAAAUCACCGUUGGAUAUAAAUUCUCGGUGUUUUGCUGUUUCUUCGUCUUAAUCGUGCAAGUUUCAGUGUUAGCGUUCGAUGUUCUCGGAGUGAUUAAGAAAAGUCGUGAGAUUUAUGAUAUUUUCUCGCCGGCCACACAGAUUCUAGCUUGGUUGGUGUUAUGCACAUCAGUUGUUCGAUGUAAUUACACCUCUGCAGAAAAAUUCCCUUUCUUGUUGAGGCUAUGGUGGAUUGUGGAAUUCUUCAUCUGUGUAUGGGCUUUGUUUAUAGACUCGAGAGAGCUUGUUGUGAACGGCUCAAGCCAUUUGUCUUCACACGUUGUUGGGAACUUUGUUGCAGCUCCUGCUCUGGCUUUCCUCUGCUUCCUUGCUUUCAGAGGUGUUUCAGGUCUGCGAGUUGUUAACAGUUUCAAUCUUCUUGACCCUUUGCUCGUUGAAGAAGAGGAAGAAGAAGAAGAAGCAGGGUGUCUCAGUGUUACUUCUUAUAGUGACGCCGGAUUGUUCAGCCUUGCUACGCUUUCGUGGCUGAACCCUCUUCUCUCACUUGGCGCCAAGAGGCCUUUGGAUCUCAAGGACAUUCCUCUGCUCGCUCCGAAAGACAGGGCAAAGACGAAUUACAAAGUCUUGAACUUUAAAUGGGAGAAGUUAAAGGCAGAGAGUCCCUCGAAACCACCUUCUCUUGCUUGGGCGAUCUUGAAAUCUUUCUGGAAAGAAGCUGCUUGUAAUGCAGUCUUUGCCGGUUUGAACACUCUUGUUUCUUACGUGGGUCCUUAUUUGGUGAAUGACUUUGUUAACUAUUUGGGUGGGAAAGAGACUUACCCUCAUGAAGGCUACAUCCUCGCUGGGAUCUUCUUUGCUGCAAAGCUCGCAGAGACUCUAACCACUCGGCAGUGGUAUCUUGGUGUGGAUAUCUUGGGGAUGCAUGUGAGAUCAGCUCUAACGGCUAUGGUGUACAGAAAAGGGCUAAAACUCUCGAGUUUAACCAAACAGAACCACACGAGCGGUGAGAUUGUGAACUACAUGGCCGUUGAUGUGCAGAGAGUGGGCGAUUACUCGUGGUACCUCCAUGAUAUGUGGAUGCUUCCUCUACAGAUUGUACUUGCUCUCGGGAUUUUGUACAGGAGUGUUGGACUGGCAGCUGUAGCCACGUUGGUGGCCACUAUUUUCUCUAUUAUUGCCACUAUCCCACUGGCGAAAAUCCAAGAGGAGUAUCAGGACAAACUGAUGUCUGCAAAAGAUGAGCGAAUGAGGAAGACUUCCGAGUGUUUGAGGAACAUGAGGAUUCUGAAACUGCAGGCUUGGGAGGAUAGGUACCGGCUUGUACUCGAGGGAAUGAGGAGUACAGAGUUCAAAUGGCUUCGCAAGGCUUUGUACUCGCAAGCGUUUAUCACAUUUAUAUUCUGGAGCUCGCCGAUAUUUGUAGCUGCAAUCACAUUUGCUACAGCUAUAGGCUUAGGAACUCAGCUUACUGCAGGUGGUGUUCUCUCAGCGCUUGCAACAUUCAGGAUUCUUCAGGAGCCGCUAAGGAAUUUCCCUGAUCUGGUGUCUAUGAUGGCUCAGACUAAAGUAUCUCUUGAUCGAAUAUCGGGAUUUCUGCAAGAGGAGGAGCUGCAAGAAGAUGCUACGAUAAUCCUUUCUCAAGGUGUUUCUGAAACAUCUGUGGAGAUCAAAGACGGCUGUUUCUCGUGGGAUCCUUCGUGGGUUAGGCCAACUUUGUUUGGAAUUCAUUUGAAUGUUAAGAGAGGAAUGCGAGUAGCUGUCUGUGGAGUCGUUGGUUCUGGGAAGUCAAGUUUUCUUUCUUGUAUACUUGGAGAAAUCCCUAAAAUCUCGGGUGAAGUCAGAAUAUGCGGUAGUGCGGCUUAUGUUUCACAGUCCGCAUGGAUUCAGUCAGGGAAUAUAGAAGAAAAUAUUCUCUUUGGCAGUCCAAUGGAUAAGCCCAAGUACAAGAACGUUAUACAUGCUUGUACAUUGAAACGAGACUUGGAGCUCUUCUCACAUGGCGAUCAGACCAUUAUCGGUGACAGAGGCAUAAACCUCAGCGGUGGUCAGAAGCAGAGAGUUCAGCUCGCAAGAGCGCUAUACCAGGAUGCUGAUGUAUAUCUGCUCGACGACCCUUUUAGCGCUGUUGAUGCUCACACUGGCUCCGAACUCUUCAAGGAAUACAUAUUGACGGCUCUGGCAGACAAGACUGUAAUAUUUGUAACUCAUCAGGUCGAGUUUCUUCCAGCCACAGAUCUUAUAUUGGUUCUUAGAGAUGGCCAAAUUAUACAGUCAGGGAAGUAUGAGGAACUGCUACAAGCAGGAACCGAUUUCCUAUCACUUGUGUCUGCUCAUCAUGAAGCUAUUGAAGCAAUGGACAUUCCCAGCCACUCAUCAGAGGACUCUGACAGCAAUCAGGUGCUAGACCAGUCAUUGCCACACAAUCCAAAAUCCAACGCUUCCUCGAGCAACAUUGAGAUUCUGGCCAAGGAGGUCCAAGAAGGGCCAUCGGGGUCUAACCAAAAAGCCAUCAAAGAGAAAAAGAAAGCAAAACGGAUGAGGAAGAAACAGCUGGUGCAGGAAGAGGAACGUGUGCGGGGACGAGUCAAUAUGAAGGUGUACUGGUCAUAUAUGGCUGCAGCCUAUAAAGGGAUGUUGAUUCCACUCAUAAUCAUUGCACAGUCGCUGUUUCAGUUCCUUCAGAUUGCAAGUAACUGGUGGAUGGCCUGGGCAAAUCCGCAAACAGAGGGAGACCAAGCUAAAGUGAGCUCCGCGGUCCUUCUCAUCGUGUUUAUUGCGCUAGCUCUUGGUAGCUCAGUGUUUAUCUUUGUCCGAGCUGUUCUGGUCGCCACAUUUGGCCUUGCAGCUGCCCAGAAGCUGUUUCUGAACAUGCUCAGGAGUGUUUUUCGCGCACCAAUGUCGUUUUUUGACUCGACUCCUGCUGGAAGGAUCUUAAAUCGGGUAUCUAUCGAUCAAAGUGUAGUGGAUCUUGAUAUUCCUUUUAGGCUCGGAGGAUUUGCUUCAACAACAAUACAGCUCAUCGGCAUUGUUGGUGUGAUGACAAACGUUACAUGGCAAGUGUUUCUUCUUAUAAUUCCAACUGGCAUUGCUUGCUUGUGGAUGCAGAAAUACUACAUGGCUUCGUCUAGAGAGCUGGUUCGGAUUGUGAGCAUACAGAAGUCUCCAAUUAUCCAUCUUUUUGGUGAGUCAAUAGCGGGUGCAGCAACAAUCAGAGGGUUUGGCCAAGAAAAGCGUUUCAUGAAGAGAAACCUCUAUUUACUGGACUGCUUUGCCCGCCCUUUCUUCUGCAGCAUUGCUGCAAUUGAGUGGCUCUGUUUACGCAUGGAGCUACUCUCUACUUUCGUGUUUGCCUUCUGCAUGAUCCUUCUUGUUAGCUUCCCACAUGGAACAAUCGAUCCAAGCAUGGCUGGCCUUGCAGUAACCUAUGGCCUUAAUUUAAACGCUCGCCUUUCCCGGUGGAUACUUAGCUUCUGUAAGCUUGAGAACAAAAUCAUCUCCAUCGAAAGAAUCUAUCAGUACAGUCAAAUUCCCAGUGAAGCUCCUGCAUUCAUCGAGGACGCUCACCCUCCUUCCUCGUGGCCAGAAAAUGGAACCAUUGAGAUCAACAAUUUGAAGGUUCGAUAUGGAGAGAAUCUACCAACUGUUCUUCAUGGAAUCAACUGUGUGUUCCCUGGUGGCAAGAAGAUUGGGAUUGUGGGGCGCACUGGAAGUGGCAAAUCAACUCUGAUCCAAGCGCUAUUCCGGCUGAUAGAGCCAUAUGCAGGGCAGAUCAUCAUUGACGGCAUCGAUAUCUCCUCCAUUGGUCUUCACGAUCUCCGUAGCCGUCUCAGUAUCAUUCCCCAAGACCCUACCUUGUUUGAAGGCACUAUCCGGGGAAACCUUGACCCUCUUGAAGAACACACUGAUCAAGAAGUUUGGCAGGCUCUAGAUAAGUCACAACUGGGGGACAUAGUUCGCGCCAAAGAUCAGAAGCUCGAUACUCCAGUGUUAGAAAAUGGAGAUAAUUGGAGCGUGGGACAGAGGCAGCUGGUGUCACUGGGGCGUGCAUUGCUCAAACAAGCGAGAAUUCUUGUGCUUGAUGAAGCAACUGCUUCGGUUGACUCAGCCACUGAUAAUCUCAUCCAGAAGAUUCUAAGAACAGAGUUUGAAGAUUGCACUGUCUGUACUAUCGCACAUCGAAUCCCGACUGUGAUCGAUAGUGACAUGGUUCUCGUUCUAAGCGAUGGUCUUGUUGCGGAAUUCGACACACCAACACGACUUCUAGAAGAUAAAUCAUCCAUGUUCCUGAGAUUGGUCACUGAAUACUCCUCGAGAUCCAGCGGCAUUCCUGACUUCUGA